CACCUCGCUGUCUAAUACUUUACCCUGCAACCCUCUACCCUCUGGGACCCUUGCCUUCUUCCCCCCAACCCGCGGCUAGCCACGCUUGAAGAGCAGCCGGCUCCCUCCUCGUCAAGCUGCUCGAGUUUUCCUCGGGACAUGCAGGGCUGAUCCAAUGCCACGAUGUCUGCCAUCUCAUGCCUCCUCCCAAUAGGUACCAGAGCUCGCCCGACCUGCGACUACCCCCCUCGCAGCGGUUGGAUACGAGCCUCCCCGCCCGCUACACUUCGAUGUCAACUCCCGACUCGUUCUCCUACAAUGCCUCUAUCAGACGACUCGGCUCCAGGCGUGCUCGCCCUUCCGCGGCGUCGCUAGCAGAUCUUUUCGUCAGCUCCUUGGUCGUGGCAGGUUACUGUCAUGAGCAUGCCCCUCGCGCCAGGGGGCUGUCCACGGUUCCCAUGAAUACUACAGGGGGGAACAUGGUUAGAUGGCAGGACCGGCGUUUGGCACACCGUAGGCAAUUGUCGUCGAAGCAUCGCCUUGAUUGUCUAGGCUCAUCGGCGGGGGGUCUGCAUCAUUCAAGUGCACAACGAAUGAUCAAUUCCGGGGUUGCAUUGAGAGUAGAGGAUGAUGAUGGCGAUGAAAACCGUUUUGCGAGCAGCCCGUCCGAGGGUCCUUCAUUCAACAAUCGCUAUCAAGGCACGAGUACGAGUUCAACAUUACAUCAACAUGCAGGAUUGCAAGAAUCAUCACUGGAAACAUUAGAAGAUGAGAUACCAACGGCAGAUACGAGCCCAACUAGCGGAGAUGGCUCUACCGCGAGCCGCAUCACCCCCGAAGGUGAAGGAAUCAACCGCCUGUCGGAUUCUUCGAACAAGCCGGAGAAAUAUCGCCACUGCAGGAGAACGAGUCCAACCAAGAAGACAUACAUAUCGACCUCACACGUAUACCGAGCUGCCUUCGGUGAUUCACUAAACUGGAAACAGGCAGUUGAUCUUGUCGCAAAUGAGCCACCGAAGGGGUUGCCCUCUAUUGAAGUGCCCCAGAAGAAGGUGGACAACUCGCGCGAUGCCUUGGAGUACCAUUCCGUGGAGGUUUUUCUAGACGCUAUGUGGGACGAAAAGAUAUCGAACCAUUAUGUGUUUCGACUCUACAGAGAUCUGCCUUCCCCCGGAGUUGCCUGCUUGUCCAAGCGCUCCCGUGGGGCUCUCCUACGUCGAUUUGCUGAUCCUCCCCAUCGCCGCUGGGUCGAUGCUCGCCGCUACCUUGCGUUGGUGGAAGACAUGGUUACUGCAAAGCUGCCCAUGUCCCUCUCACUGUGGAGUUCCGCUAUACAUCUUGCGGGACGGGCAGCAGGCAAGGUACGCAAACGAGAUUUGGUGAAGGCAAUUGGUAUCUGGCAGCAAAUGGAACAUAUAGGAGGCAUCAAAUCUGAUGGUGUUGUAUUCACCAUCCUCUUCGAUAUCGCCAUCAAAGCGAGCCAGUUCACUGUUGCGGAGCGACUAUUAGAAGAAAUGAAGAAGCGUAAUAUCAAGUUCCGGCGCUUCGGGAAGGUCUCCCAACUCUAUUAUUGUGGCAUGCAAGGGGAUAUUGCUGGUAUUCAACAGGCGUUUGACGGUUUCGUGUCGAGUGGUGAGAUCGUUGACACGGUCGUGAUGAAUUGCCUAAUGGCGUCUUUCAUUCGCGCGGGAGAUGUGGAAACGGCACAGCAGCUCUAUGCACGAAUGCUGGAGACUCAGGCAACCUCACACCAAGAAGGCGACCUAAGUCUCGGGUCCAAACAUCCAGGAAGCUCCAAUCUUACAUCGGAGAUGAACCUAUACCGAAGCCGAGUUAGGAAGUUGGGUCGGGUUCUGCAAGAAUCCGCGCCACUCCAAGGUAUCCUGCCCGAACACCAUCGGGCUCUUCAGAAUUCAGUCCGGGCGAUCCCUGACACACGGACGUUCCAUAUAUUUCUCUCACUGCACGCCCACCAUACGGCUGAUAUACAUGCAUUCAUGUCUAUUCUUGCAGACAUGGAGAAAGUAUUCGUGGUUCCCCCACGUGGCAUGAUCUACCUUUUACUGUUUGAUGGAUUCGCCCGCAACGGGCGCCACCGAAAGGGCUGGACGGCCGAACGGUUGCAAGUGACAUGGAAAGCCUAUCUACGUGCCCUCUAUGAGUCAAGGAGGAGACUCACUGAAAUGUUCCGCAUUCAACCGGAGAAGCCCGUCGCAGAGAAUACGUUACGCCAUGGCCCUGUCGUUCUUGAAGUAGGCUGGCCAUCUAUCUCGCGAAAGCCCAGUGGCCUGUACACACCAUUACCAUUGGCUGACACCGCUGUCAAGGAGUCUGAUGAAGUUCGAAAACAGGAACAACAGGUGAUGGAUCAAUCGGAUGAGGACGUCGACAUUGACGAGUUGUUCAAACAGCAAGCUCAGAAUCCACAGCCUGAGCCGCAAGCGUUGGAAGAAAAUGAGCGUCGGAUUGAGAAUGGCGUAUUUCUCGGCCGCCGGAUGGUCAUCAUCAUUCUCCGGGCGUUUGGUGCUUGCUGUGGACCCGAGGAGCUCAUGAAAGCCUGGCUGCAGAUCGAAAGGAUCUGGCAGCCCGAGAAGCGCAAGGCGCAGGACGUCCUGGCUGUCAGGGAGGAACUAGAGAGGCAGAUGAAUAGAGUUCAGAGGCGUUAUAACUAACGGGGACUGGGAAAGGGCCGGGGAUGCAUGUACAUUAUAGACCUGUUAUAUAUACCCUCAGGUGAAGCCUGAUUGCGGUGUUUUCGACGGCAACCGCUGAGGUUGCCACUUGUUAUCCUGUACAGUGAACAAGCUCGUGUGUUAGUACUAUUAGUGUCUUUUCUAUCUUUUUUUUUCCUUUCUUCAGAUCGUUCAGCAGGCAAAAUCCAC